AGGUCAUGCACUAUCUAGGCCAGUAUAUAAUGGUGAAGCAGCUUUAUGAUCAGCAGGAACAGCAUAUGGUGUAUUGUGGUGGAGAUCUUUUGGGAGAACUGCUAGGACGUCAGAGUUUCUCCGUGAAAGAUCCAAGCCCUCUCUAUGAUAUGCUAAGAAGGAAUCUUGUCACUUUAGCCACUGCUACUACAGAUGCUGCUCAGACUCUCGCUCUCGCACAGGAUCACAGUAUGGAUAUUCCAAGUCAAGACCAACUGAAGCAAAGUGCAGAAGAAAGCUCCAGUUCCAGGAAAAGAAUGGAAGAAGGCAAUAUUCCUACACUGCCUACCUCACAACAUAAAUGCAGAAAUUCUAGAGAAGAUGAAGACUUCAUAAAAAACCUAACCCAAGAUGAGACAUCUAAGCUGGACCUUGGGAUUGAGGAGUGGGAUGUAGCUGGGCUGCCUUGGUGGUUUUUAGGAAACCUGAGGAGCAACUAUACACCUAGAAGUAAUGGCUCGACUGAUUUACUGACAAAUCAGGAUAUAGGUACUGCUAUUGUUUCAGACACCACAGAUGACUUGUGGUUUUUGAAUGAAUCUGUAUCAGAGCAGUUUGGUGUGGGAAUAGAAGUUGAAGCUGCAGACACUGAACAAACAAGUGAAGAAGUAGGGAAAGUAAGAGACAAAAAGGUGAUUGAAGUGGGAAAAAAUGAUGACCUUGAGGACUCUAAGUCCAUAAGUGACGAUACUGAUGUAGAAGUUACCUCUGAGGAUGAGUGGCAGUGUACUGAGUGCAAGAAAUUUAACUCUCCAAGCAAGAGGUACUGUUUUCGUUGCUGGGCAUUGAGGAAGGAUUGGUAUUCAGAUUGCUCUAAGUUAACCCAUUCUCUCUCCACGUCUGAUAUCACUGCCAUACCCGAGAAGAAGGAAAAUGAAGGCAUUGAUGUCCCCGAUUGCCGAAGAACCAUAUCAACUCCAGUUGUUAGGCCUAAAGAUGUAUGUACAAAGGAAGAAAAAAACCCCAAGCUUUUUGAUCCCUGCAACUCAGUGGAAUUCUUGGAUUUGGCCCACAGUUCUGAAAGCCAAGAAACCAUAUCAAGCAUGGGAGAACCAUCAGAUAACCUUUUUGCACAGAGAACAGAUACAGAAAACAUGGAGGAUUGCCAGAAUCUCUUGAAGCCGUGUAGUCUGUGUAAGAAAAGACCACGAGACGGGAACAUUAUUCAUGGGAGGACAGGCCAUCUUGUCACUUGUUAUCACUGUGCCAGAAGAUUGAAGAAGGCUGGGGCUUCAUGCCCUAUAUGCAAGAAAGAGAUUCAGUUGGUGAUUAAGGUUUUUAUAGCGUAGCUGACUCAGUGAAUUGUAGAGAAAUACUAACAGAGCUAGGGCAUGUAUCAAAAUGUCAGUAUUCAGCAUCUCUACUCAGCAUAACCCACUGCAUCUGUUUAUUUAUUUAUGUAAACAUCUGUGUUUCACGACAUUUUUGCUUCUAUACGUAGAGGAAUUUUGAGAAUGAGUUCUUUAGAACUAGAGUGUCAAUUUGGGGGACUUGACAUGAAAAAAUACGUUCAUUACUUUUACUCUCUUUAAAGAUGAGGAUCUGGGAGAAAGCAACUGCCAGUACAAACAAAAGUAAUUUGGCCCUAAUUCAUUCACUUACAAAGUUACUUGAAGAUUUAUUAUUUCUUCAGUUAAUUUUAUUCCCUGUUCUUUUUUUUUCUGUUAUGGAAUGUUCUUAGGCAUCAAUAUAGGGUGGCUGUUAGAAAAAUCUUAGAGCUAACAAUGAAAAAAACAUAAGUAAUUUGAUUAGUGAAGUUAUGUAGUGCUGUAGAUCACUUUAUAGUUGGAGUCAGGCUGCACAAUUUGGAUAAGCCAAAAGAAAAGUCUUGAAAACGAGAUUUCUUCCAUGUGUGCCUAGAACACUUGUUAUUGAACUUUUUUUUUUUCUUUUAAGAUUUAUUUAUUCAUGAGAGACACACAGAGAGAGGCAGAAACACAGGCAGAGGGAGAAGCAGGCUCUUUGCAGGGAGCCCGAUGUGGGACUCAAUCGCAGAAUCACACCCUGAGUUGAAGGCAGAUGCUCAACCUCUGAGCCACCAGGCAUCCCAAGUAUUGAGCAUUUUUGCUAACAUGUCUCUGAAAGAAUUUUGAAAAAAUAUAUAUAAUCUUCUGCACAGAAUUAAUAUUGUGAAAAUGUCAAUGUUACCCAGGGCAAUUUACACGUUUAAUGCAAUCCCUAUCAAAAUACCAUGGACUUUAUUCAGAGACUUAGAAAAAAUUAUUUUAAGAUUUGUGUGGAAUCAGAAAAGACCCCAAAUAGCCAGGGGAAUUUUAAAAAAGAAAACCAUAGCUGGGGGCAUCACAAUGCCAGAUUUCAGGUUGUACUACAAAGCUGUGGUCAUCAAGACAGUGUGGUACUGGCACAAAAACAGACACAUAGAUCAAUGGAACAGAAUAGAGAACCCAGAAGUGGACCCUGAACUUUAUGGUCAACUAAUAUUCGAUAAAGGAGGAAAGACGAUCCACUGGA